CAUUCUGAAGAAUAUUCUGUUGUAUUCAGCGUUUGUACUGUGAAUUCAAGAGUGAAUCCGAGUAUAUAUUUGAACGGAAAUACAAAAUGAGUGAAAAGACACCGGAAAAGAAGUCGGAGGCCUAUCAACUGGACGAGCUGUCCAAAAAGGAAGAGGAGGCCAAUGAGGACACGCCUCUGAAGCCCCGGGACAAUGAUGUGGAGGCCGGCGGACAGACAGACAUAUCGGAGACGAAGGACAACGAGAAGUCAGUGAUGGCUUCGGCCGACGAAAAGGCGGCGGAAGACAAGCAGUCGUCCGCACUCUUAGAUCAGCGCAAAGUUAAACUCAUUUUAGCGAUUGUCGGCGCAGUCCUACUCGUACUCCUACUCCUCAUUGUCGCCAUACUUGUCAUCAUCUAUAGGGAUGGGGUCAGUAAUGCUCAUUACCUUUCACUUUGUCUUGUUUUACCUCUGAGUGAGUGA